GUGGCUGCGCACAGUGAUCCUAGGGGUGAACCGCGUCCCAGCUGAAGGCGCGAUCCGCAUUAUAAACUCCCUUGUUGGCGCGACGCACACCCACGUAAGCAAACACGCGCCCCCACAUACACAUAAAUAUUAGGACCAAAAUGUCUCUCGCUGAGGCGUGUGACGCCAUUGCAGGCAUCUCCGAUGCCACGACGCACGCCGAAGUGAUCGCCAUCGCCAAGCAGUGCGAGCCGCACCUCGGCAACGCCAACGAGAUCCUCGACGCACUGGAGAACACCCUCUCCACCUCCACCGGGACGCAGCGGCUGAUGCUGUGGUUCCUCGUGGACCGCCUCGCCAAGCAGCACACGCUCUUCUGCGACGCGCUGCGGCCGAAGCUGACCCAUCUGUGCACGCAUUACGGACUCGCCCGCAGCUCGGCCGAGUGGUCCGACUUCAUCACCCUGUUGAAGAGCUCGCUGUCCGUCACGUUUGGGCAGACGAUCGUUUCCCUCAUCCUGCUGCAACUCGGCGAAGAUGCGAAGUCGUCGCUACCGGGUCGCGGCGGGGGUGGCGGGCACCACGCCAAUGCGCAGCGCAACAAAACCGGCAGCACCGCCCUGACGGUGCACUCCAAGGCCCUGCGCACGGCCGGCGCCUUCAUGACGAAGGCCAUCGCCGUGGAACGAAGUGUGGAGAACAAGCACGCCCUGCAGGUGAAGACGAUGGACAGCCAGAUGGCGAUGAACGUGGCGAGCAGCUACGCCCCUGCGCGCCCGGUGGAGAUUGUGGUGCCGGAGGUGCGGCCAGACGCGGAUGCCCCACGCGGGUUCAUGCAGGCUCUGCCGGAGGGGUACAUGGAGAAUUACCAGGAGACGCGUCGCAAGCGCCUGCGCGAGAUGAUGGAGAAGAGCCGCGACGAGCAGGACCGAAAGCAAGAGCAGGAGAUGCUGCAGCGUGUGCGACAAGACGCGGUGGGCGAAAUCAGCGGGGAGGCGGCAACUGCAACGCCCGGCAGCAGCAGCAGUAAAGUGAACGGCACGGAUGGCGCUGGCAACUCUUACCCGGACUACUCCGACAUUCAGAUGCCGCUGGAGUUCCCGCGCGAUGAGUUCGGGGUGAAGCGAGGGAACUUCCCGAUGGGUGUCCGCUUUAUCCGCGACGCCAUCGCUGCCUGCGGAGGCGCCAUCGAGUUGGACGUGCUGACGAAUCGCAUCUCCACCUUAGCGAACCGCGAGGCCGUCGCCGAGUUCGGCAACGUGCGCGAGUUCCUGCUGAUUCACUCGCCGACCUUCAACGUGGUGAAUGAGGGCGGGCAGUGGGUGGUGCGGCUAGUCGGGGACAAAAACACUGACGAGGCGACGUGGAAGUCGCUGCGGUGCCCGGCGUGCUCGAAGGUGGUUCGGGGCCGCAACUUUGCACGGCACCUGAACUGCCGCCAGUGCAUCACGGCGCAGAUCGCGCUGGGACUGCAGGACGAUGCGGAGGGCCGCGGGCCCAUCGCAGAGCUGGCGUACACCGCAAAGCGCAUCCUCGCGAAGCGCGAGAGCUGCGAUGACGGCGAUUUCGACGCGAUGGCGGACUGCCUGCAGCGCUCCGCCGAAAUCCGCCGCUUCCGCCUCGCUUCCACGCGUCAGUUCGCGCCGGUCAUCAAAGCGAUGCGGGUGGUGCGCGACGGCUGGCUGGCUAGGAAAGGCGUGGAAGAGGUGGCGGACGCGGAGGUGACGCCGGCGGAUGUGUCGGUGGGCAACCUAUUCCGCGUCUUUGGCGAAAACAUUCACCGUCUGCCCAUUGCGUGGAUUGAGAUGGGCGACGUCAUCGACAUGUGCUGCCGCUUUACGGAUCAUGUGAAGCCGCCAUUCAACCCGCCACCGCGUCCCGCGGACCCGCGCAUCAGCCUGCAAAACGAGUACCCGGGUUUUCUCUUCUGCGAGAGUGAGGUGGACGACGAGGACGCACCUAGCGACAACGAGGACGAGUUCUCCGACGACGAGGCGCCCGCGUUCACGUUUGCGCCCCCGGUCGACGUCGCGGAGUCGCUCUUCACGGCGGGCUUUGAGCGCGACACGAAGCGGCUGCAGCACCGCAUGCGCACCGCCCCGCCCAUGGUGCUUCAACGCGUGCUUCAAACCGACGGCAGCCGGACGCAGUCGGAGAUGUACACGGAGUUCGCGCGCAGCGACCGUAGGAACUUUAGUAGAGGGCAGUUCAACGACCAGCGAAACCGUCGCUUCCGCGGUGGCGGCGGCGGUGGCGGUGGUGGCCGAGGUGGUGGAGGCGCCUACCAAGGCCGAAACUUCUCUCGAAACCGUUCCCAUUAA